ACAGGAAAGUGGCUGGUUGUGAUGGGCUAUGACAAACCUUCAGCCUGAAGACCCGGGAGGGAAAAAUGAAGCUGACAAGAAGCAUGCUGCUGAGUGAUCCUGGGUUCCCAUCCCUCGCACCCGCACACCCACGUGUGGGCCCAGCCAGCGAGGAGAAGUCUAAUAGGCAGGAGGAGGGGAGGCAGAAGGAGCGCCCGCGUUUCAUCUGGAAGACAGGCCAUUGAAACCCAGCAUUUCUGUUGAAGGAAGAAAAUGUAUCCAAGUCACGAAGAAGUAUAAUUUGGCUUUUGGAGACAUGGGCAGCUUCAUUUCUCAUUUGUUCAUUCAAAACUCUCCAUUGGGCUUCUAAGUGCCACACCCUGUCCAGAAUGAUGAAAGAUACAGAAAAUGGUCCCUGCUGACCUUCUGGAGUUACCGAGUAGUGAGAAAGUGAUUCCUGACAGAAUCGUCAUUUUUGGUAAACAAACCAAGCCCAGAACCUGUUAAGUGUGGACCAUCCUACGCUGACAGUUCUUUGAAACAAAUUUCCUCUUGGCAUUUACACAGUGGCUUUAACUUUCAAACCAGAGGUUCCUCUUACCCAGCAAAAAAUGGCUUACCCGAAGAUGAGAUUGAUGUAUGUUUGCCUUCUGGUUCUGGGGGCUCUUUGUUUGUAUGUUAGCAUGUGCUAUCUGAAUCUUUUCAAAGAGCAUCCCUUUGUUUACAAGAAAGAGUACGGGAACUUCCUUAAGCUCCCAGAUACAGACUGCAGGCAGACACCCCCCUUCCUUGUCCUGCUGGUGACCUCAUCUCACAAACAGUUGGCUGCACGCAUGGCCAUACGGCAGACGUGGGGGAAAGAGAGGACGGUGAACGGAAGGCAGGUGAAGACAUUCUUCCUCCUGGGGACCACCAGCAGUGUGGUGGAAACGAAAGAGGUGGACCAGGAGAGCCAGCGGCACGGGGACAUCAUCCAGAAGGACUUCACAGAUGUCUAUUACAACUUGACCCUGAAGACCAUGAUGGGCAUGGAAUGGGUGCAUCACUUUUGUCCUCAGGCGGCGUUUGUGAUGAAAACAGAUUCCGACAUGUUCGUCAAUGUCUACUAUCUGGUCGAACUGCUUCUGAAGAAAAACAGAACAACCAGGUUUUUCACUGGCUACUUGAAACUCAACGAGCUUCCCAUCAGGAAGCCGUUCAGUAAGUGGUUUGUCAGCAAAUCUGAAUAUCCGUGGGACAGGUACCCACCAUUCUGCUCCGGCACGGGCUACGUGUUUUCUGGCGACGUGGCGAGUCAGGUGUACAACGUCUCCGAGAGCGUGCCGUUCAUUAAACUGGAAGACGUGUUCGUGGGGCUCUGCCUGGAAAGGCUGAACAUCAGACUGGAGGAGCUCCACUCGCAGCGGACCUUCUUCCCGGAGGGCUUGCGCUUCUCCGUGUGCCACUUCCGGAGAAUUGUGGCCUGCCACUUCAUCAAGCCGCAGAAUCUCCUGGACCACUGGCAGGCCCUAGAGAAUUCCCGGGAGGAAGAUUGUCCGGCUGUCUGAGGCGAGCCCAGAGGCACAUCUGGACAAGUUUCAGAUAAUCUGUGGGAAUCGUUUUUGCAAGAUUUUGGAAGAAGGAGCGGGACAGAGGGUGCUGUUUUUUAGUGCUGAAAUCCACGCCAGAAUGUCGGUGUUCAUGAAGCCACUGAGUAGUUCCCACUUGGUGUCCCAGGCAAUAAUAGACCCCACCUUUUGGGCACACGCACUCUACAUACUGUUUGACAUACACCUGCAUUUCUGCAUUUCAGGGGCCAGUAUCCUAUGACAUGAUGGGUUUUACCAUCCGAAUUUUACAGGUAAGGAAACAGCUGCUGAGAGAUACAGAAACUUGUCCCAAAGCUCACAGCCAGCAAACAUAAGAGCAAGAAUGAAAAUCGAGCACUGUUAGAAUCUGACUUGGACAGCUCCUGCAUGCUGCCUCCCUUAGGAGGGGACAGUGAUGAUGAGACCUCUGAGCCAGCAUCCUUCCGUCCCUGUCCAGAGUCCCCUGCACCUCAGCUCCCAAUCCUUGUGCUUUUUAGAGCUAAGCCUGGGAUGACGAGACUCAUCCCAGCUCCCUCAUUCAUGGUGCCAGAUGUAGCUGGGCACCAAGUCCUUGUUAUGGGCUCAGUACUCGAUGCAACCCAAAUUUUAUCCCAGGAAAUGUCCCCACAGUGGAUGCAGCUGGCACACUGAGGAAUGCCAAGCUCUGGGCAGUACAGCGUUCCUGAAAAUGUAUAAAUUAGACUCAAAACCACUGCAGUCUGGCCUGCUGUAAAGACUGCCCACACUGCUGACCUUCUUAGUGAGCAGGAUGUCUCUUCUGAGCCAUCUGCUGCAUUCUGGUUUCUUCACCCCAGCUGUCCCUUGAUUUCAAUCAAUGGGGAGCAGCCUCUGCCCCAGGAACACUGUAGGGCUCUCAGUUCAAACUGAAGGGCAGUUGGACUCAGACAUGGUUCUUGCGGGACUCUGGGAGCCUUCUGGGAAUUCAGUUGGAUUUACGUCAAGAUGCUCCCAAGGACCCUUCAGACACAAAGCCCCAAAGAGGGCCCUGGUGAAGUGGGGUGGUCCUGUGUCCACUUCCCAGGCCUGACCCAAGUUCAUCUUCAUUGAGUUUCUCAUUGGGCCAAGGAACAACUGAACUUUACGGUUUGGUGUUUAGCCUGCAGUUGACUCUGCUGCCUCCUGCCCAGAGGUUCGUGCGAGCCUGUCCUGCAUGGUCGUGUGAAACCAAGGCACUUCUUUGCAAGAGGUUUUGCCCAUUCAGCCACGGUCACGUGACAUGCAAAGCAAUCUUGCUGCUCAUUAUAGAAAUGAUUGUUUUAUUUUUUUAUUUUUUACUUUACCAGACAUUACUGUGUACUCAGAGAAGAGGUCUCACAUGGCUGUGUCACAUAUAAAUGUUGGACUAAACUCUU